UUUAUAUAUACAUACACCGUCUGUCCUUUGCAAAGGAUCUUUGCAUUUAUUCCUGCCGUCAACAAACAUUGACAUAGGGUUCGUGGUCGUUAGAAUCUUGUUUUUCCCUAGUCAUUUAAUAAAAAAAACACGCGAAAGAGUAUUUUUUGCUGUUAAAAGCGGCUAUUUUGACUAGAAGCGUCUUUUUACCUGCGAUCGUUUUUGCGGUAGUAAUAACUGUUUAGGAAUUGUAAAUUUAAAAAUGAACAGUACUACACAAGCUAUUAUUGGGGGCGGCUUUCAAGCUGUUCGUCAACAAAUUCAAUUGGCGCAUCCUGAUUUGAACAUGUUUGAACAACUUUGGCUGUCUUACUACAAGUGGUUUAAUAACGAUGUGGUCGCAACUGGUUUAAUGUCUUUUAUUCUUCACGAAGUGCUCUACUUUGGUCGCUGUAUCCCUUGGAUGAUUAUCGAUGCUCUCCCUUAUUUCCGUCGCUGGAAGAUUCAACCCAAGAAGGUUCCUUCUCUUGCUGAACAAUGGGAGUGUACUCGUUUGGUUCUCUUGUCCCACUUUACCGUUGAACUUCCUCAAAUUUGGCUUUUUGAUCCCAUGUGUGCCACCUUUGGUCUUUCCACUUCUGUUCCCUUCCCUUCCAUUACGAAGAUUGCUUGGCAACUCGCUAUUUUCUUCUUCCUUGAGGAUACUUGGCAUUACUGGGCUCAUCGCCUUUUCCACUAUGGUAUUUUCUACCGUAUCAUUCAUAAGGUUCACCAUCGCUAUAGUGCUCCCUUUGGUCUUUCUGCUGAAUACGCUCAUCCCCUCGAAAUUGUUUUACUCGGUGCCGGUACAGUCUUUGUUCCUCUCAUGUGGUGCUAUUUCACUCACGACUUGCACUUGAUUACUAUGUAUAUUUGGAUUAUGCUCCGUCUUUUCCAGGCUGUUGAUUCUCAUUCUGGUUACGACUUCCCUUGGUCUUUGAACAAGAUUAUGCCCAUUUGGGCCGGUGCUGAACACCACGACUACCACCACAUGGCUUUCAAGGACAACUACUCUAGCUCCUUCCGCUGGUGGGAUUCCGUCCUUCAUACGGACAAGAACUUCCACAACUACAAGGCUCGCAAGAUUGCCAGUGAACGCACCAAAAAGGCCACUUAAAUAUUCGCACGACCGUGCAUCCAUUAGCUUUCUCGCUAUGGUUUCUGUUUUUCUAUAAUGAAUUUGGUUUGUCAUGAUGCAACACUUAUUAAUAUUCUUUUGGCCGUUAUUUCUUUCGGUUUUGGUAUGCUUUCUGCAAAUGUUUUCUUUUUAUCCGCCCCCUUGGUCUGAUUCACUAUAAAUUUUUUCCUCGUAUCUUUGUUUUCGUGUUCAUUCCCUCUGUAUACAUGUCGGCUCCUUGGUGUGUUUCACUUUGUACCUUUCCUUUUCUUUUUUCUUUUCUUUUCUUUUACACCUUUUUUACAUAUUCAAUAUCGUUAGAAAGCACUGCAAUUUCCAUUGAAAGCUUUUCUAUGAAUUCUCUGCACAUUUCUAAUUGUAGCAACUCGGUCAUAAAGGGUGUGUACUUUUGCCUAAGUAGAUUUCAGUUUUCUUGAUUUCUUUAGUUUAGUUUAAUACAUUCGUUAUAUUCCUCUUCUUUAAA